GGUGCCCUCGGAUUUUGCCGUCUGGCGGCUGGAGUCCCUGCUUCCUCUUUAGAGGGCAGCAGCGAAGCGUCUCGGGAACGCAUGCGCCCCAAUUUGCGCCCGGGGAAUUAAAGCGAGAGAAGAAAAGCCCCAACAAAACCCGCGCCCUAAACAAAACCCAAGUGGAGGAAAGCGCGCGGCCCUGCAGCCCCGGGGCCGUGAAGGCGCCUCCCGCCUUGCCCGCGUCCCCGGCCGCAGCGUGAUGCGCACGGACCGGCCCGCGACGCCCCGGCCGCCACUGUCCCCGCACCUGGACGCCGGUCCGGUGGCCGCGCCGCAGCCGCGCUCGCUCGCCGCCGCCGCGGCUUCCUCGGAGUCGUCCGGCGCCGGCGGGGCACCUCGCUCUCCAUGGGGCUGAGGGCCUGGCUGAGGACCGUGUGCUGCUGCUGCUGCCCGUGCGGGUGCCUGGAGGAGCCCGCCGUGCCCGAGAAGGAGCCCCUGGUCAGCGAUAAUCCAUAUUCUUCCUUUGGAGCCACGCUGGCGAGGGAUGAUGACAAGAAUCUGUGGAGUGUGCCUCAUGACGUGUCCCACACAGAGGCAGACGAUGACAGGAUCCUCUACAAUUUGAUCGUUGUUCGUAAUCAACAGGCCAAAGAUUCAGAGGAGUGGCAAAAACUCAACUACGAUAUCUACACCCUGCGACAGAUUCGAAGGGAAGUGAGAAAUAGAUGGAAACGCAUUUUAGAAGAUUUAGGUUUUCAAAAGGAAGUAGACUCUUUGUUGUCAGUGACAAAACUCAGCACUAUCAGUGAUUCUAGAAACACAAGGGAGGCUCGGGAGAUAUUGUUGAGACUGGCUGAAGAGACCAAUAUUUUCCCAACCGGUUGGGAGCUUUCGGAGAGAUAUCUCUUUGUUGUGGACCGUCUCAUUGCACUCGAUGCUGCGGAAGAAUUCUUUAAAGUUGCCAGUCAGACGUACCCCAAGAAGCCUGGGGUCCCAUGCCAGGCAGAUGGCCAGAAAGGACUGCACUACCUUCCCUUUCCAAGUCCCUAAGGGAGAGGCUACGAGGCAGAAUGGGAUUUCUCUUACUGGAACUCAACAGCCUACCAAAGUUGGACAGAUGCGUGUAAAAGAAAAUGGGCAAGAAGAGGCUAGCUAAGAGAAAAAGGAUUCUGAGUCCUACAAAAGUCUAAGCGUUUGGAUAUCUGCUCAUCAUGAGGACUUGACUAUAUGAAAGUUGAGGCUGCGUUGAAACGCCCUGGUGAUCUUGCAUCAGAGAGUGGGUCAGUGGGAUAUUUCAUCAUGGGUGAUUAGAUUCCAAGAACCCAUUGCCCCCAUUUUGGUUUUGGUUGUACAAUAAGCUCUAGCCACUAAUCCUAUUGGGAGAAUAGGAUGUUCUAGUUAAUAAAAUAAGAUUAAUAGAGCUAUCAUUGAGCCCAAAUAUGGAUUACCAAUUUUUAAAUAAUUGUUAAAUAAUUGUUUAAAUAAUAUAGGCUAACACCAAAAUAAUACCAGGCGUGACAAGACCUUCCUUUGAUUUGGAAGCACCUGCAGAACCUUGGAGGUGUUGGAGGCAUCAUUUUGAGAUUAUUCAGAAGUUUAGAUGUACCAAAUAAGAGGACUAUCUAGGAGUGCUGCUCAGAAGUGAAUCCUAAAUAGAAUGCUCCCAAGCAGAACUUCCUGCAGCUCCAUGUGAAAAGCUGUGUCUUCAGCUGUGGUACAAGCAUCUUGAAUUCUCAACGUUAUUGAUAUCUGGUUACCUCAUUUUUACAUAUUGUCCAGCUCUAGUCCACAAGCCCUUGAUAUUUGAUCUGGGAUAGCAUCUAUUUGACCUUUACUGUCUUCUCUUCUCUUUAACCUGUUUCCAGCUUGUUGACUGAGAGUUGCACCUGCCCAGGGAUCUCUCAUGCAGCGUGGCCUCAGCCCCAGGACCCAGAGUGGGCACGGAGAGCCCGUGGUCACAGUGCACUGGGGUCAGUGCUCGCCCUGCCAGCCUGGGGCUUAGCCCUGCGAGGCACCAGCAGCAGCAGUAGCAACUCUUCAGGCAGUGUUGCAUUGAAGAAGGUCAUUGCUGGACUUGCUUCCAUCCUGAAAAUGAUUUUCAAAGUGGAGCAAUUCUGUCAAUACAGUUUGCGUCUAUCCACAGAUUGAGCAGCCCAGUUUCAAAAGUUAAUUGCCGGGCUUCCCUCGUGGCGCAGUGGUUGAGAGUCCACCUGCCAAUGCAGGGGACACGGGUUUGUGCCCCGGUC